CUGGCGCCCUCGUCCAAGAUGGCGGACGAGGCUACCCGGCGUGUGGUGUCUGAGAUCCCGGUGCUGAAGACUAACGCCGGACCUCGAGAUCGUGAGUUGUGGGUGCAGCGACUCAAAGAGGAAUAUCAGUCUCUUAUCCGGUACGUGGAGAACAACAAGAAUGCCGACAAUGAUUGGUUCCGACUGGAGUCCAACAAGGAAGGGACUCGGUGGUUUGGAAAAUGCUGGUACAUCCAUGACCUGCUCAAAUAUGAGUUUGACAUUGAGUUUGACAUUCCUAUCACAUACCCCACUACUGCUCCAGAAAUUGCAGUCCCUGAACUGGAUGGAAAAACAGCAAAGAUGUACAGGGGUGGCAAAAUAUGCCUGACUGAUCACUUUAAGCCUUUGUGGGCCAGGAACGUGCCCAAGUUUGGACUAGCUCAUCUCAUGGCUCUGGGGCUGGGUCCAUGGCUGGCAGUGGAAAUCCCCGAUCUGAUUCAGAAGGGCGUGAUUCAGCAUAAAGAGAAAGGCAACCCAUGAAGGAUCAAGCCACUGAGGCAGGACAGAGGGACCUUUGACGGGCUAUGUGCUGUUCCUGUUUCUGUGCCUCACUCCUACUCAUCCACCUGCUUCCCCCCCCCCAAGCCCCUCCACCCAUAAUUGUUACUAAGUAGCUGCAUCAGGCAUUGCUGAAAAAAAAAAAAAA